GAUUAGCAAUUACGUAAUUGGACUAUUGGAGUUGCACUCGCACAUCUUAAUAUUUUUCGACGUGCGACGUGCUCAUUGCUCAAUACCUACAAUUGUCCUACAUUAUUAUAAGACUAUAAUAGUAGUAACUAGUAAGUUGUAACAUUACUGUUGUGUCAUGUCCGGUAAACGAAAGGGCGGAGCUGAAAAAGCCCGUGAAAAGAAAAGAUUGUUGCUUUUGAAUGCGAGCGAUAAAUGUUAUAAGUUAAAGGACAUGUUUUCAAAAAAUUCAAAACUUUCAAAUACGCCAAGUACAUUGAAAUCUGACACCAAUGCUGUUGGGCAAUCCAAUGAUAGAAUCGUUUUAAAUGAAAUAAAAGAUCUUGUUACAGUCGAAAAAAUCUAUUCAAGUUUAUCAAAUGAUAUGUUUGUUGAUACAUCACUGAAAACUAUGUCCAAUGUAACAAAUCUUAUUAUGGCAGAUAAAAUUGAUUCAAGUGUAUCCAAUGAUAGUAUUGUACCUGUACAUAAUAAUGAUCCGAUAAACCAACUUCCAGUGAAUCGUCUUGAACUCAGAAAUCGAAUAAGAGCUGGUCCAUACCGCCCAAUCAUGGAAUCUUAUCCAAAAACAAUGCAAGGAACAUCAGAAAGAUCGUUUCAAAAAUCCUGGUUUGAAAAAUAUGUAUGGUUAGAAUAUAGUCCAUCUAAAGACCUAGCAUUUUGUUUUCCAUGUAGGAUCUUUAAGGGUAAUAAUUUAAACAGCAGUCAAUUAGAUGAUGCAUUUUCUAAAACUGGUUUCUGUAGUUGGUAUAGAGGUAUUAAUCGUUUUAAUAAACAUCAAAUUACUAAAUCCCAUAUUUUUAGUACCCAAGCAAUGGCUGAUUACUUAAAUACUACUUCUAUUGAUCAACAAAUAGAUAUAAGUAGAAAAGAAUAUAUUUCCAAAUGUGAAAGUGAUCGUUUGCACAAUAGAAAAAUUAUGAAGCGUUUGAUAGAUAUAACUUUGUGUCUUGUUAAAGGAGGAAGGCCUUUUAGAGGUCAUGAUGAAGGAGAAAAAAGUAAUCAAAAGGGUUUAUUCAAAGAAAUAGUUAAUACUUUUGCUAAAUAUGAAAUAGUUUUGAAAGAACACUUUGAAAAUGGCCCAAAAAAUGCAAAAUAUACCAGUAAUAGAAUCCAAAACGACCUAAUUAGUUCCAUACAUAAUGUUCUUAUUAAAAAAGUAAAAGCAGAUUUACAAAAUGUAUAUGUUUCAAUCUUAGCCGAUGAAACUAGUGAUGUUGGUCAUCAUGAGCAACUUUCAAUCGUUAUACGAUAUUUUGAUGAUCAAAUGAAUAGACCUGUUGAAACUUUUCUCGAUUUAGUACGGUUAGUUUCUGUUAAUGCUGAAUCUAUAUUCACAGCUAUAAGUAAUAUUAUACAUUCCAAAUUUGGUAUAGGUUGGUCAUCAAUAAUUGCUGUGUGUUUUGAUGGGGCCUCUACAAUGUCUGGUAAUAUAGGUGGGGUACAAAGAAAAUUCAAAGAGAUGAAUGCAAACAUUUUGUAUGUACAUUGCUAUGCACACUGCUUAAAUUUGUCAUUAAUUGAUUCAAUCACAAGUAAUACAAGUAACAAAAAUCAAGUAGUAUUUAACUUUUUAGGAUCUGUUCAAUUUUUAUACUCUUUCAUUGAAGGCAGCCCUACUCGACAUGCUAUUUUUGAAAAUAUAGCUAAAGAACAUGGGUCUAAUCUUCAAACGUUAAAGUCAUGCUCAACAACAAGGUGGGCAUGUCGCUCAGAGGCAGUAAAUGCUAUUAAACAUAACUAUAGAGCAUUAUUAAAAGCGUUAGACGAAAUAACAAAAAAGAGUUUGCUGCCAGAUGUAAAAAUGAAGGGCUUAGGACUUAAAAGUCAAAUCAAAUCAUUCAAUUUUAUUUUUUGUAUGAAUAUGAUGCAACCUAUUUUACAACUAGUUUUAAAAGUGAGUUCUUCAUUACAAACUCCAAAGUUAGAUCUUUUAUCUGCAGUUAAACAUAUUCAAUCUCUUAAGUCUUCACUAAUUUCAAUCAGAGAUUCAUAUGAUGAAUUUGAAUUAAUUUUUAAAAAUACAGAAAAUGUUUGUAUUAAUCAUAAUAUUAUUAUACCUCCUAUUAAAAAUAGGAAAAUAUCUAAAAAAAUUGAUAAUGCUACCCAAACACAGCAUAUUUUUAAAACUAAGUUUGAUGAAAUGAGAGUGAAUGUUUACAAUACAACUUUAGAUACAUUAAUAAAUGGACUGGACUUAAGAUUUAAGCAAGAAACAUUAGACAUAAUAAAUAUAAUAGGUAAUCUUGUGAAUUUGGAUAUUAAAAUGGAAAAUUAUAACACAGAAUUUGACCUAUUGAAUAAAUAUUUCCAUAUUUCUAAAGAAUCAUUAAUUUCUGAGAUAACCCUUUUGAAACAAUUAGAAGAUACUCCUAAAGGUACUUGCUCUGGUUCUGUUUAUAAGUGGCUUGAUUGGUUAAACAAAUGUGAUCGAUCAAAUAUUUUUAAUAAUUUUUUUCUGUGUUUAAAAAUGUUUGUUAUUAUCCCCGUCACGAGUUGUGGUUGCGAGAGGAGUUUUUCUAAACUUACCAUUGUUAAAAGCAAACUUAGAUCUACCAUGACACAAGAUAGACUAAAUGCAUUAUUGUUUCUAUUUGUUGAACAAGAAUUAACUUCUUCUGUAAAUAUUGAGAGUGUAAUUGAUGAAUUUAAAAAUUUAUUACCUAUAGAGCGUAGAUUAGUAUUAUAA